GGGCCCUGUGACGUAGAGCGGAGGCUUCGGCUGUUUAUUGUUCCUUCGUCAGCAUAGGCAACAGAAAAAAUACAGGCUAACAGGCUGCACGCUACCUCCUCCACACGGUUCACGGUCGGUUUAACGAGAGUGUAACGGUCGAGACAGCUGAGUGUACCAAGCAGGGGCCAUGGCGUACGCGUACCUCUUCAAAUACAUCAUCAUCGGAGACACGGGUGUUGGGAAGUCAUGUCUAUUACUACAGUUCACAGACAAGAGGUUUCAGCCAGUUCACGACCUCACCAUUGGUGUGGAGUUUGGAGCGAGGAUGAUCACUAUAGAUGGCAAACAGAUCAAACUGCAGAUCUGGGAUACGGCUGGUCAGGAGUCGUUCCGGUCCAUCACCAGGUCUUACUACAGAGGAGCAGCAGGAGCGCUGCUAGUCUAUGACAUCACAAGAAGGGACACCUUCAACCACUUGACGACUUGGUUAGAGGACGCUCGCCAACAUUCCAACUCAAAUAUGGUCAUCAUGCUCAUUGGCAACAAGAGUGACCUGGAGUCGAGGAGAGAGGUGAAGAAGGAGGAAGGUGAAGCAUUUGCCAGAGAACACGGCCUCAUAUUCAUGGAGACCUCAGCCAAGACUGCCUCUAAUGUAGAGGAGGCUUUCAUCAACACAGCCAAGGAGAUCUAUGAGAAGAUUCAGGAAGGAGUGUUUGAUAUCAACAAUGAGGCUAAUGGUAUUAAGAUUGGACCCCAGCACCCGACCACCAACUCCACACUGUCUGGUAGUCAGGGAGGCCAACAGGCUGGAGGAGGCUGCUGCUGAACCCCCAAACAUACACACACACACACACACACACACACACACCUCCUCCUCUUCUGUCCUCAACCCUUCCUCCUCCUCUUCUUCCUCGCUCUCUCUCUCUCCAAACCCUUCCUUGCAUUUCUACAGAACUGUCCAGGCUCUUAAACAGUUUGUUAACCUCUCUCUCUCUCUCUCUCUGUCUCUCUCUGUCAGCCAUGUCCUUCUAUAGUCACAUGAUCAUACCUGACGGUGUAGAGGCUGCAUUGAAAUAAAUCAUCCCGACAUGUCUACGAGAGUCCGCUUCAAUCGCAGAUAAAAAACCACCAAGUUCAAAGUUCAGUAGUUCCAUCUUUUUUUCUUUUCUUUCAUUUUUGUUUUUUAAAGUUGGAUAAACCGGUUUUAAUAUUUUAUUUUAUUUCAAAAAACAUCCACACAUCUUAAUCAAUGAGGUUGUUGUUGGGAUAAUUUAGUACCUCUGAAUCAUUUAAAAAAAACAAGAAAACUAUAUAUUUUCAGUACCAGUGAGUUGCCGUCGUCCAGGUGGAGACAGGAUUGUAGAGAUUAAAACACACACACACAGACACACACAGACACACACUCACUUAACCGCUGACGUUAUGGAAUAACUCCGUGUCACGUCUGUACACGUUUGUACACGUUUG